AGGGGAGGCAAAGGAUUUUGAGCCUUCUGAGAGAAUUCAUGGAAGAUAGAAGGGCUUCUAAAGAGUCCCACACUGAUAUGCUGGAUGCCCUUCUUAAAAAUGAGGAGGAUCCGUCAAAGUUCAAAAUGACUGAUGAUCAAAUAUUUGAUCUUCUGCUUGCCAUUCUUUAUGCUGGUUAUGAGACAGUCUCUACAACUUCCAUGAUGACUGUCAAAUAUCUAUAUGAUCAUCCUAAAGCCCUUCAAAAACUCAGGGAAGAACACUCUGCAAUUCGAAAUGCAAAGGGACCAGAUGAUCCUAUCUCUUGGGACGAUUACAAAUCCAUGGAGUUUACUCGCGCCGUCAUCUAUGAAACAAUGAGACUAUCCACAAUUGUUAAUGGGGUUUUAAGAAAGACCACCGAAGACAUGGAAUUGAAUGGGUAUCUGAUUCCAAAAGGGUGGAAAAUAUAUGUUUACAUGAGAGAGAUCAAUUAUGAUCCAAUUCUAUAUCCAGAUCCGUACACCUUCAAUCCGUGGAGAUGGCUGGAAAAAAACACAGAUGCCCAUCGUUAUUUCCUUCUAUUUGGAGGAGGAACAAGACACUGCCCGGGAAAAGAACUGGGCACAGUGGAAAUUGCUGUCUUUCUUCACUAUUUUGUCACAAGAUACAGGUGGGAGGAAAUUGAUGGGAAUAAAAUACUCAAGUUUCCAAGAGUUGAAGCUCCAAAUGGGCUCAGAAUUAGAAUUUGGGAGCGCUGAUCCUCCUUCAUAUUAUACAUCCAUAGGCAUUAGAAUGAUUUCUUUACCUUAUUUUCUCCGUUUUUCAAUUUUUUUGUGUUUUCAUAGAAAUGCUAUGUAUAAUCAAGUUAAUGAAAGAAAAAUUAGUUUCACACUUU